AUGCGACCUCUCUCUCUCUCUCUCUCUCUCUCUCUCUCUCUCUCUCUCUCAGAAACUUUUAUCAUUAUCGUCCAAUUUAUUUCUGUCUUUCUUGCUUCAUUUAUUUUCUUUUUUAUCCUUUUUUUCAUUAACAUCCCGCUCUUUCUUCAUUUAUUCAUUUUCUUUCUUUAUUUCUCUUUCAUUCUCAUUCAAUUCAUUCUUCAUUUAUUCAUUUCCUUUCCUUUAUUUCUCUUUCAUUCUCAUUCAGUCCAUCCUUCAUUUAUUCGCUUUUUUUUCUUUUUUUUCUUUUUCAUUUUCAGUCCAUUUUCACAUUUAUUCAUUUCAUUCUCUUUCUUUUCAUUAUCAUUCAAUUCAUUCUUCAUUUAUUCAUUUCCUUUCCUUUAUUUCUCUUUCAUUCUCAUUCAAUUCAUUCUUCAUUUAUUCAUUUCCUUUCCUUUAUUUCUCUUUCAUUCUCAUUCAAUUCAUUCUUCAUUUAUUCAUUUCCUUUCCUUUAUUUCUCUUUCAUUCUCAUUCAAUUCAUUCUUCAUUUAUUCAUUUCCUUUCCUUUAUUUCUCUUUCAUUCUCAUUCAAUUCAUUCUUCAUUUAUUCAUUUCCUUUCCUUUAUUUCUCUUUCAUUCUCAUUCAGUCCAUCCUUCAUUUAUUCGCUUCCUUUUCUUUUUUCUCUUUCAUUCUCAUUCAAUUCAUUCUUCAUUUAUUCAUUUCCUUUCCUUUCUCUUUCAUUCUCAUUCAAUUCAUUCUUCAUUUAUUCAUUUCCUUUUAUUUAUUUCUCAUUUAUUCAAUUCAUUCUUCAUUCAUUUAUUCCAUUUUUUUUUUUAUUCAGUCCAUCCUUCAUUUAUUCUUUUUUUUUUUUUUUGGUUUUCAUUCUCAUUCAGUCCAUUCUUCAUUUAUUCAUUUCCUUUUCUUUCUCUUUCAUUAUCAUUCAAUUCAUUCUUCAUUUAUUCAUUUUUCUUUCUUUCUUACGUUUUCAUUAUUAUUCAAUUAAUUCUUCAUUUCCGUUUUUCUUUCUUUUUAAUAUCAUUCGGUUCGUUCUUCAAUUAUUCAUUGCUUUUCAUUAUCAUUCAGUUCAUUCUUCUUUUAUUCGUUUCCUUUUUUCUUUCUCUUUCAUUGUCAUUCAGUUCUUUUUGUGUCUUCUAUGUCCCUUUAGAACAACCAUUAGAUCCAUCAGUUCAUUCUGUUAUCAAUCUCUCUCUCUCUCUCUUUUAG